GCCACAGACACAGAGAGAGGAGGAGAGAGGACAGAGGCUUCAACUGGAGACGGGCUCUGCUACUCACAGCUCCCAACAUGAGCGUGGACGAGGAUGCGCGCUGGCUCGAGUGGGUCACCAAACAGUUUGAGAGCAUCGCUGGAGACGACAAAGAGAUCGACCUGGAUGAGUUUAAGACUGCACUCAAAGUCAAAGAGUCUUUCUUUGCAGAGCGGUUCUUUGCGCUCUUUGACUCUGACGGGAGUAAAACCAUCAGCCUGGACGAGCUGCUGAAGGCGCUGGACCUGCUCAUCCACGGCUCCGAGACCGACAAACUGCGCUUCCUGUUUCAGGUGUACGAUGUCGAUGGCAGCGGCUCCAUUGACCCCGAUGAGCUGCGCACAGUCCUGAAAUCAUGUUUGAGGGAGAGCGCCAUCUCUCUGCCGGAGGAGAAACUGGAUGACCUGACACUGGCUCUGUUUGAGUCUGCAGACAAAGACAACAGCGGCUCCAUCACCUUCGAGGAGCUGAAGGCUGAACUUGAGACCUUCCCUGAGGUCAUGGAGAACCUCACAAUCAGUGCAGCUAACUGGUUGAAGCCUCCUGUGGUGGACCAGAAGAAGCGACAGACUCCCCGGUACCUGACAGCCUCAUAUUGGCACAACAACAGCCGCAAACUGCUGUUCCUGAUGGCAUACAUGCUGCUCUCUAUCGCCCUCUUCAGUACGGCCAUGUGGAGGAGCAAAGAGGGAGGGCCCUGGUACAUGCUGGCCCGGGGCUGUGGACAGUGCCUCAACUUCAACUGUACGCUCAUCCUGGUCCUGAUGUUGCGGCGCUGUCUGACUUGGCUCAGAGCCACGUGGGUGGUUAAAGUCCUGCCUCUGGACCAGAAUGUUCUUCUGCAUCAGAUCGUGGGCUACGCCAUCCUCUUUUACACUCUGCUACACACCUGCGCUCACCUUUUCAACUUUGCUAAACUGUCUGAGUCUGGAGAGUUCAGUUUCUGGGAGUACGUGUUCACCACCCGCCCGGGCAUCGGCUGGGUCAAAGGCACAGCGUCGGUGACCGGAGUCAUACUACAAGUUCUCAUCUUCCUCAUGGUCAUCUGCUCUAUGACCUUUGUGCGCCGCAGCGGCCAUUUUGAGGUGUUUUACUGGUCACACCUCUCAUACGUGUGGGUCUGGACUCUUCUGGUGAUACACUGUGCUAACUUCUGGAAGUGGUUUGUGGUCCCUGGACUGGUUUUCCUUUUGGAGAAGAUCGUCGGAAUGGCUCGGUCUCGAAUGGGAAGCCUCUACAUCACCGAAGUUAACCUGCUGCCGUCCAAGGUAACUCAUCUGGUGAUCAACCGCCCUCAGUUUUUCCAGUUCAAACCUGGUGAUUAUGUUUACAUCAACAUACCGGCCAUUGCCAAGUACGAGUGGCACCCCUUCACCAUCAGCAGCGCCCCCGAGCAGUCAGAUACCCUGUGGCUGCACGUGCGCUCCCUCGGCCAGUGGACAAACCGUUUGUACGAAUACUUCAGACAACCAGAUCUCCACAACAGCCCCAAGAGACUUAGCGCCAGCCUCAGGAAGAAGAGGCAGGGAUCACAGGAGGUGCUGUUCUGCUCCACAGACUGUUUGGGGACUGUGGCAUCAAACGAAGACCAGGCUGUAGAGCUAACAAUGUACCGACACAACGGAACCAGACCAGAGCUGUCUGAGAAUGGGAUCAAAUCAGUCCAGAACCAGCUGGGGCAGACAGAGAGAGGAGAGGCACUCAACCACAAAGAGGUGCCUUCCAGGUUUGGAGAAAACCACAGAUUCUGCAACAUCAAGUGUUAUGUGGAUGGACCAUACGGGACCCCCACCAGACAGAUCUUUGCUUCCGAACACGCUGUCCUCAUCGGGGCCGGGAUCGGAAUCACCCCCUUCGCCUCCAUCCUCCAGAGCAUCAUGUACAGAUAUCGAAUGAGGAAGCAAAACUGCCCCAACUGUAACUACUCUUGGUGCGAGAACAUUAAAGAUGGGGACAUGAAACUGCGCAAAGUAGACUUUAUCUGGAUAAACCGGGACCAGAAGUCGUUUGAGUGGUUUGUCAGUUUACUCACCAAACUGGAACUGGACCAGGCCGACGAAGAGCCAGAGGGGCGUUUCCUGGAGAUGCACAUGUACAUGACAUCAGCGCUCAGUAAAAACGACAUGAAGGCCAUCGGACUGCAGAUGGCGCUAGACCUCCUCGCCAAAAAAGAGAAGAGAGAUUCCAUUACAGGACUGAGGACCAGGACGCAGCCGGGACGUCCCGAGUGGGGCAAGGUUUUUCAGAAAGUGUCUGAGGAGAAGAAAGGCAAAGUGCAUGUGUUUUACUGCGGCUCUCCAGCUCUGGCUAAAGUCAUCAAAGCCGAGUGUGAAAACUUUGGGUUCAACUUCUACAAGGAAAAUUUCUGAAAAUGCAUCGCUGUGUUUGGACUUUGUUUACUCUUGUAUUACUGCACCUCAUGGUUCUAAUCAUAGGGACAACAGAAGAAGUGCAAAUAACCCUUUACCGGGGAGCAGGAUUGACAAAAGUAUCAGAAAUCAGAUACUAAUCGAUACUACAACUAGUAUCGAAACUAGAUACUUGUUUGAGCAGGUAUCAAUACUAAA